CUCAUAGCAAGUACAUGAAGUGAAGGACUGCACUGCUCCACGUCACAGGAAAACAUGCAGAGCAUGAGCUCUCCGGGAGGCAAUGGCCUCUCCGAGGACCAGUUCAGCUGCUCCAUCUGUCUGGAGGUGUUCGUGGAGCCCGUCUCCACUCCCUGCGGCCACAGCUUCUGCAAGGCCUGCCUGCAGGGCUACUGGAACCACAGCAAGAAGUUCCUCUGCCCCAUGUGCAAGAAGAGCUACUCCAAAAAACCAGAGAUGAGUGUCAACAGGGUCUUGGCUGAUAUCUCCUCCCAGUUCCAGGGGCUGAUGCUGGCCGGGGGAGCUGGAGGGGCCGUGGGCGCUGGAGGGGCCGUGGGCACCAGGGGAAACUCAAAGGGAUCCACUCUGAACAUGAGCCUAGAUAUGAGCCACGGGGGCUCCACAGGGUCUGACAACGGGGAGUUUGCCCGGGCGGGGGAGGUUCCCUGUGACGCCUGCAUUGGGAGGAAGGUGAAGGCGCUCAAGUCCUGUGUGAACUGUCUUGGAUCGUUCUGUGAGGUUCACCUCCGACAUCACAAAAAGGUGAAGUCUCUGACGUCUCAUCGUCUGAUUGAACCCACUUUCUACCUGGAGGACAAGAUCUGUAAGAAACACGAACGUCUUCUGGAUGUCUACUGCCGCACGGACCACACCUGCAUAUGCACGGCCUGCGCCGAGGCCACGCACAAGUCCCACGACAUCGUCUCCAUUGACCACGAGUGGAAGAAGAGGAUGAGUAAUCUGAGUAAGAAGAAGUCGGAGCUGAAACAUUUGAUCAAGGAAAGAACCAAGAAACUGGACGAGAUCAAACAAUCCAUCAAGGUCAUCAAGGCCAGCUCUCAGAAGGAGCUGGAGGAGAGCUGGCAGGUGUACGCAGAGCUGCAGCGCAUGGUGGAGCAGAGUCAGGCGGAGCUGGUGGAGCUGAUCGCCACGAGGCAACGCGAGGCCGAGCGUCAUGCUCAGGAAAUGGCCCGCACUUUGGAGAACGAGCUCAGCCAGCUGAGGAGGAGGAGCAACGAGCUGGAGGCCUGCGCACAGACCCAGGACAAAGUGGUCUUCCUGCAGAGCCUGGCGACGCUGCCGCCCCCACCCGAGCCCACCGAUUGGUCAGCGGUCAGCAUCAACACUGACCUCUACCUGGGAACCAUCCGCUCCUCCGUCAGCAGCCUUAUAGACAAGUUCCAGGAGGAGCUCAAGAGGCUGUACGGGAAAGAGCUCCGGAAGGUUCAGAACUAUUCAAGUGAGGUGAUUUUGGAUCCUGCCACGGCCCAGAGGAACCUGGUUGUGUCCGACGAUGGCCGCCAGGUGAGAUAUGAAGAGCGAAGGUCCACCCACUCUGAGGGUCAGAAACGCUUCAGUCCCGCCCUCUUCGUCCUGGGCCGAGAGGGUCUCAACUCUGGGCGACACUACUGGGAGGUGGACGUGGGGCGCAAGACGGCGUGGACGCUUGGCAUGGCCAGCACCUCAGCCCGCCGCAAGGGUGAGAUCAAGCUCAGUCCAGAGGGGGGAUACUGGUGCCUGUGGCUGAAGAACGCAGAGGUAAAGGCUUUGGCAUCGUCCCGUCUGCCUCUACUGCUGCCGACCCAGCCCUGUAAAGUGGGAAUCUUCCUGGAUUAUGAAGGAGGCCAGAUUUCUUUCUAUGAUGUGAAGGCGCGUCUGCAUCUCUACACGUUUGUCGAUACUUUUAAUGAGAGUCUGUACCCAAUCUUCAGCCCCUGUCUCACCCAUGAGGGGAAGAACUCUGCUCCUCUCAUCAUAACCCCUGUUAAACACACCUGAUACUGACAGCCAAUCAAAGCCUGGCAAGGCAUAGGUUAAACAUCUUCAGGUCAAAAAAAGAUUGAUGAUUCUGUCCUUUAUUUGGUCUUAAAAUAUGAAAUUUACUUCUCAGUGAUCCAAUUUUAUUUAUAACAGUUUGACUUGUUUGCAAAGCACUUUACGUCAAACAUCUUUCAGCAAAAUAAGAACAAAGCAAGUCGUUUUGCAUACCAAACCUACAACAUUGUCUCAUUAUAUGGGCAUGUUAUUGCAUUUGCUCAAGUCUCAAUACAGGUACCAUAAAGGCUACUAACCCAAUGAAAUCAAAGCAUUGUGUUAUCAGUGUGUGUUUGGAUCCGAGGAAACUAAAAUGUAACAUGUUUGGUACUUUACUGACUGAUGACACAUUACAGAGAAAUGUAUUUGAGAUGUGGUUACUCAAAAGUAGCCAAAAGUUUGUCCAUACUGUAUACUUUUAUCUAAAAUUGUAUGUACAUAUUUUGGUGAAAAAAAACAUGAAGGACUAGAGUAGGGCUGAGUAUUGGUACUCAGUCAAAAUAAAUCACUACCAAGUAGUAUCGAAACUUCUCCAGCCAAACAAUACCCGGCUACAUUUGGUUCUUUUUGCAACCAGAGCUAGAAAAAAAAUCCUUUUUGUAUGGUUUUGCUAACUGACAAUCAUCGCAGAUGUUCUUUGUUUUAAUGCAACAUGUGAUUGGUCCGCUACUGCAGCAGCUACAAGUCAAGUGCGGCAGUCGAGUUGGCAGUUCAGUGUGCUUAGAUGCCAUCAAAAUGUUCUUAGACAUGGCGAUAAUACACACCUGUGGUGUCAGGUGGCAUUUGAUGCAAGUGAAUGCUUCAAUUUGCAUAAUGGGUGUUGAACGUAGAAAGUAGAAAAAAGGUAUUGAAUGAAGUACUCUAUUGUUAUUGGUAUCACUUUAAGGGUACUGACACUGGUAUCACAAAGGUACUCAAGUUCGAGAAUAGAGAGAAUUAUAAAGGCUAUGUUUGCCCUUUGGCUCUUCCUGUAGUUCAGUUGAAUGUGUUACACCUCUUCCUCCCUAGUUGCAAAGCCAACAAGGGAACAUCUGGGGCCAGUUGCACAAAGCACCUUAAGUUUGCUCCUUUUUGACACUUAAGGCUUACUUAAAAUACCUCGCCAGUAACUGACUGGAAAGAUCCCGUUGGGGCUGUGGAAAGUUGAGUGAUCCAAACCCAGAUGAUCACAAUCAUAAAUUGACUUAGGUAAAAUUUAAAGUGCAAAGUCAAUUACUCAUCAUUAAGCAUCUCAAUCGGUUUCUCCAAACCCGGUCUCACUCUGAAGUCGUCGAAAUCUAGCGUUCAGGCAGUGACUUGCAGCAUCGGCGUGAUACGCGGUCGGACGCUGUUAUAGUUUAAUGGUGCUUAGGCAGUGUCAGGGGGAAAUGCGAUGGGACAAGAACGAAAGUUAA